UUUAAUUAGAAAUAACAAUACAAAAACUAAAGAAACUACGUACACCAAAGAAGUAAUUAAGUGUGAAAAAGUUUAGAGAUGGAGAAAGACAGCAGCACCCCAAAAACUGAAGACAAGAAACAAUCAGAGGAAGCAAAGAAGUUAGAGGGUUUGCCAACUGAGACUAGUCCUUAUGUGCAAUACACAGACUUGGAAGACUACAAGCAACAAGGCUAUGGUACCGAGGGCCACAAGGAUGUAACGCCCGGCCGUGGCGCUGGCGGGACCGAUGCACCCACCCCUUCGGGUGGUGCACCUGCUGCCUCAGCCACGGAUGUUAUUAACCAACAAGGUGUUCCAUGAAUAAUGCCAAAUUGGUUUUGGUUUUAUGUUAAUUUGUGUCCUAAUUAAAAAAAAAAAAAAACGCUGUUCUAUUAUUCUAUAGUGUUGCGCUUCUUGUAUUUUCUGAUGAAAUAUUUAUUGAGUUUUAUAUAAACGUGCUUUUAAUAAGGUGUAUUUCCCAUUUGAUGGCCCAAGCAAUACAAUUUAUAUUUACGGGC